UUUCUGCGUCUAUGUUCUUGAUGACAUCUCACCAAAUACAUUUAACUCCAUUGUUCCUACGCCGUUUAAUAUAAUUCUGCUUUACAUUAAAAUAUUUUAGUUCUGGGAUUAUAUAUACAUACACCCAUACAUCGAUAGAUAGUUCUGUAUGUAACACACACUCUCUCCGCGUUGGUUCAUUUUUCCUCCUCCUUCAUUCCCUCUCCAACUUGCCAUUUUUGUUGCACUGCAAGUGGGGGUUUUUUCUUGAAAAGGUGGGGCUUUGGAAUGUGGAAUGCCAUCCUGGGCUGAAAUUCAUAUCUGGGUUGCGCUCAUCUUCUUGGGAAAUCUCUGCAUUUGCGCUCUGGUUUUUGAAGAAAAGCAGCCAUGCCUACUCUUGUUAAUCGUAGUGGUGAUGACGAGUUCUAUUGUGGGAGUUCAUUAUGCUCAGCAGAUUUUAGCCAUAUCUUGUCUCUUGGUUAUGCGGAUGUUUACUGCCCUUCAAAAAAGCGACGGUGCCUUCCAAAUCCAUUUGUUGUUGAAGAAAAUUCAAAGAUGGAAAUCCUUCCAGAUGAGUGCUUGUUUGAGAUAUUUAGACGUUUGGGCGGAGGGCGUGAAAGGAGUGCGGCCGCUUGUGUUUCAAAGCGCUGGCUCAUGCUCCUCAGCAGUAUCCGCAGUUCAGAAAUAUGCAAGAGCAAGAGCCAUGGGGACGGUGCAAAAGCAGUAUCAGAUUGCGAAAUUGAGUGUGAUGGGUACCUUACCAGGACUGUGGAAGGGAAAAAAGGGACUGAUGUUAGACUUGCUGCCAUUGCAAUUGGGACUUGGAGCCGUGGGGGGCUCGGGAAGCUUUUGGUCCGAGGGAGCAACUCUAUGUGUGGCAUUACUAAUGCUGGUUUAUCAGCAAUUGCUCGUGGUUGCCCUUCCCUCAGGACCCUUUCACUGUGGGAUGUGCCUUGUGUUGGAGAUGAAGGCCUUAUGGAGAUUGCAAAGGAAUGCCAUUCAUUGGAGAAGCUGGAUCUUUGCCAGUGUCCUUCGAUUUCGAGCAAGGGUCUUGUUGCAAUUGCUGAAAGGUGUCCGAGUUUGACUUCAUUAACAAUUGAGUCUUGCUCGAGUAUAGGCAAUGAGGGGCUCCAAGCCAUUGGGAGACACUGUACUUUGUUACAAUCUGUGACUAUUAAGGAUUGUCCUCUUGUUGGAGACCAGGGUGUUGCAACUCUGCUGUCUUCUGCCCCAACUAAAGUCAAACUUCAUGGGUUAAAGAUCACUGAUUUCUCGCUAGCCAUUAUUGGACAUUAUGGCAAGGCAAUUACCUCUCUUGCUCUUAGUGCACUUCAGAAUGUGAGCCAAAAGGGUUUUUGGGUGAUGGGUAACGCUCAAGGUCUAAACACUCUGGCUUCUUUGACAAUCACCUCUUGUAGGGGAACCACAGAUGUAAGCCUUGAAGCUGUGGGAAAAGGUUGUCCAAAUCUGAAACUUAUGUGUCUUCGUAAGUGUUGCUUCGUGUCUGAUCAUGGACUCGUAGCUUUCAGCAAAGCUGCUGGAGCCCUUGAGAGUUUGCAGCUGGAAGAAUGCAACAGGAUCACCCAAAUCGGGGUCGUAAAUGCAAUUUCAAAUUGUGGCAAGUUAAAGUCUCUUUCUGUGGUGAAGUGUAUGAAUGUCAUGGAUCUAACCCCAGAAGCUCAAUUGCUGUCUCCAUGUGAAUCUCUCAGAUCGUUGUCCAUCCGAAACUGCCCUGGUUUUGGCAGCAAUAGCUUGGCCAUGGUGGGUAAGCUCUGCCCCCAGCUAUACCAAUUGGAUCUUAGUGGGCUUUGUGGGAUAACAGAUGCUCCUCUUCUCUCCCUCCUGGACAACUCCAAGGCAGGCCUUGCCGAGGUGAACCUCAGUGGCUGCCUGAAUUUGUCAGAUGAAGUGGUGUUUGCCCUGACCAGGUUGCACGGUCAGACGCUGCAAGUACUGAAUCUCGACGGGUGCAGGAAGAUUACUAAUGCAAGCUUGGUGGCAGUGGCGAACAGCUGCACCUUCCUUAACGAUCUCGAUGUUUCAAAAUGUUUGAUAACUGAUUCUGGUUUGGCUGCAUUGUCCCAGGGUGUGCAAAUAAACUUGCAGAUUCUUUCCCUAUCGGGUUGCUUCAAGGUGUCGAGCAAGAGCGUUCCUUCCCUUCGAAAAUUGGGAAAGAAUCUGAUCGGUUUGAAUCUCCAGCAAUGCAAUGGCAUGAGCAGCAGCGCCAUCGAACUACUUGUAGAGCACUUGUGGAGGUGUGAUAUCCUCUCCUAAGCCUAUAGACCGUGCCAAUAUAAACGCGAUUCAUGGGACUUGAUAUCCCAUCAGCUCUGAUUCAGGAUAUAUUAGUUGCUGGAUUGUAUUCAGGAAGCUAUUAGCUAUGGCAGACAAUUUUGCACCAACUUUUUGCAGGCUUAUCAAAAGGCCUGUUGGAACUCUUUUGGUUGCCAUGAUAACCUUCUUAAGAUUGUUUUUGUUUUAAUGAGUCUUAGGUUUUGAUGUACCCAAAAGGCCCUAUUUUAGCAGGUCCCUUGUUUCUUGUACUGUACUGGGCAUCAAGAAAGUUAUAAUCUUUGUCUUCAGCUUAUAAAAACAGUCUUGGUGGUCACCAUUGUUAGAUCAA